UUUAUAAAUUUGAACCAAACUAAUCAAAUAAUGAAGAGUUUUAUAGGAGGAAGGUGUAUUAUUAAAAGUAAGAAAAAAAUAAGAGUGAUAGUUUGCCUUGAAAAUGAUAAGCAGAAGACAUCCAAUAGGUUAAUGGUGAUAGAUGAUUCCAACUACAAGGAAAUAUUGACGCAAGAGUUCAGUUUUCUAAACCCAGUAGAUGCCCAAGAAGAGGGCUUUUGCACUGCACCAUCUUUCCCGAAUUCUGAUUCCAUCUCUAAACCACUGUACUGGGAAGUCACUAACCCUACACUCUCCCCUUCCCAUCUCCGAGACUUGCCAGGUUUUACAAGGAGUGUGUAUAAGAGAGACCAUGCUUUGAUCACUCCUGAAAGUCAUGUGUUCAGCCCUUUACCGGAUUGGACAAACACCCUUGCAGCGUUCCUAAUCACGCCCGAAAUGGGAUCACAUUUUGCUAUGUACUUGGCAAAGAUGCAAGAAAAUUCAAUAUCCGGGCUUCCUCCAGCUGGUGUUGAAAGGUUUAUAUUUGUGGUUGAUGGAAAUGUAGUUAUGAGUAAUGCAUCCGGAAAAAGCCACACUCUGAAGAUGGACUCUUAUGCAUAUUUGCCUCCGGAUGCCGAACACACUGUGAAGUCUGAUGUAUCUGCUACCCUUGUUGUAUUCGAGAGAAGAUAUUCCAAGAUAGAAAAUCAUGCCAGCAGAGAGAUUGUUGGCUCAACAGACCGUCAACCCCUCCUUGAAACCCCCGGCGAGGUCUUUGAACUGAGGAAGCUUCUUCCCACAUCUUUAGAUUACGAUUUCAAUAUUCACAUCAUGGAUUUUCAACCUGGGGAGUUCCUGAAUGUAAAGGAGGUCCAUUACAACCAGCAUGGUUUGUUGCUUUUGGAGGGUCGCGGUAUAUAUCGACUUGGUGAUAACUGGUAUCCUGUUGAGGCAGGGGAUGCCAUUUGGAUGGCGCCAUUUGUGCCUCAAUGGUAUGCAGCUCUGGGUAAAACUCGCACGCGUUAUUUGUUGUAUAAAGAUGUUAAUAGGAACCCAAUAUUUUAGAAACACUCUAUUUCCAUGGGAUUUUUAUUGUUCGUGUUGGCCCGUAUGGGAGAAUAAUGACCAUUAUCAAGUUAUUGCUCUUUUUAAAUGGUUCACAUCAAAUAAAUAUAUUGCUUUAGAGCAUCAGCAAUGGCAAGAAAAGAAAUGGAAUGUUACAUA